ACACUCUGUCACCACUGCUGUUAGUUGGCGCGGUUGUUGAAAAUCCGGGAGUUGAAAAUAAAAAGUCGACAGAGGAUUUUCAGAACACUGGGGAGGAUGGAAAACGGCAAGUCCAAAUUUCCAUUUCCCUACCAACCCUAUAACAUCCAGGAGCAGUUUAUGCAAGCCCUUUACAGCGCACUCGACCAGGGCAAAGUUGGCAUCUUUGAAAGUCCAACUGGAACGGGCAAGUCACUGAGUCUAAUAUGUGGUGCACUGAGCUGGCUCACAGAUUAUGAGGAGAAGAAGAGACAAGAGGCAGCUGCUCUGCUGCAGGAAGGAGAAGCAGCUCUUUCUACUGCUACUCAGUCCUCUGCCACCAGCUCCUCAACAGAGCCAGACUGGAUCACUGACUUUGUGCAAAAAAAGGCCGAACGUGAUCUGCUGUCAAAGCUGAAGGAGGAAGAGUUGAGGAGGAAGAAGCGGGAAGAACGGUUAGAAAUUAUCAGAAACAAUGCUCAGCUAAAGUAUGCAGUCAAGAGAAAGAGCUGUGAAGACGAUGAAGCAUACAAGUUGGUUCAGCUUAGUAAAGAGGAACAUGUUGAAGUGCCAGGAGAUCAAGAAGAUGAGGAGCUUAUUAUCGCAGAAUAUGAGAGUGAUGAUGAGUCAAAGAUUAAAAACAGAUUCUUUGGAGGUGAGGAUGAUGACGAUGAUGAGCUUGUGGAAGAACAUGUGACUAAGAUAUACUACUGCAGUCGCACUCACUCCCAGUUGGCCCAGUUUGUCCAUGAGGUGCAAAAGAGCCCCUUCAGUAAGAAUAUCAGUCUGGUUACGCUGGGCUCAAGACAGAAUUUGUGUAUUAACGAAGAGGUGCAACAUCUGGGCAGCGUCCAGCGCAUUAACGAUCGCUGCAUGGAGAUGCAGAAAAACAAGCACGAGAAACAGCAUCAUGAAGAGGGGGCAAAACGUAAGCGAGGCCCAGCAAAGGCUGUGUGUCCCUACAACAAAGCUUCAGCCCUGCAGCAGAUGAGAGAUGAAGUCCUGGGUGCUGUCCAUGAUAUAGAGCACCUGCUAAAGAUGGGAAGGGAAAUGCAAUCAUGCCCUUAUUACGCCACACGUCUUGCUAUUCCUCCUGCACAGCUGGUGGUGUUGCCCUAUCAAAUGGUGCUUCAUGAAGCUACUAGAAGGGCAGCAGGGGUCCAGCUGAAGGGGCAGGUGGUGAUCAUAGAUGAAGCUCACAAUCUUAGUGACACUCUCUCCUGUAUACACAGUGCAGAACUCACUGGAGCCCAGCUUUGCCGUGCCCACUCCCAGCUGACCCAGUACGCUGACCGCUAUAAGAGCAGACUGAAGGCAAAGAACCUGAUGUACAUCAAACAGAUUCUGUUUGUGAUUGAGGGGCUGGUCCGUGUGCUGGGAGGAAAAGUUGGGCAGAAUCCACAGAACCAGACUACACAAGCAGGGACAGAGAUGCAUACUAUUAAUAAUUUUCUCUUCAAGGCUCAGAUUGACAAUAUAAAUUUGUUUAAGUUACAAAGAUAUUUUGAGAAGAGCAUGGUUAGCAGAAAGCUGGGUGGGUUUGUGGAGAAGUAUGCAGGCUCAGGUGUGACACUGCACACGCAGAGCAGCUCCAACAAGGAAAACCGUCGCACAGAAGGCUUAAAUCGUUACCUUCAGACCUUACAGAGCAACCACAACUCUGUACCUGUUCCCUUAGCAGACCAGCAGGGGUCCCCUGAGGCAGACAAAGUGCUGUCUGCAUCUCCCAUGAUGCAGGUGGAGGGUUUUUUCAUGGCUCUCACCAACAGCAAUACUGAUGGCAGAGUGGUGGUGCACAGACAAGGCACUGUGUCAGAGAGCAGCGUCAAGUUCCUUCUGCUGAAUCCAGCAGUCCACUUUACUCAGGUGUUGAAGGAGUGCAGAGCUGUCAUCAUUGCUGGAGGAACCAUGCAGCCUGUGUCCGACUUCAAACAAGAGCUUCUGUUUUCUGCCGGAGUGGGAGAGGAGCGCAUUACUGAGUUUUCCUGUGGCCACGUCAUUCCCCCUGAGAACAUUCUGCCCCUCGUCUUGUGUAGCGGCCCAUCUGGUCAGGAGCUGGAUUUUACUUAUCAAAACAGAGACUCACCUCGCAUGAUGGAUGAAACAGGACGCAUUCUCUCCAACAUUUGCAACGUGGUGCCUGGUGGGGUUGUCUGCUUCUUUCCCUCUUACGAAUACUCAAGACGGAUCAUAUCUCACUGGGAGGCCAGUGGUGUGCUAACCCGACUGGCAAAUAAGAAAAAGAUCUUUCAGGAGCCAAAGAAAGCCAGCCAGGUGGAGCAGGUACUGAAUGAGUUUUCCCGUUGUAUCCAGAGGUGUGCUCUGGACAGUGGUGGACUCACAGGAGCGCUGUUGUUCUCAGUGGUUGGAGGAAAGAUGAGCGAGGGAAUCAAUUUCUCUGAUGACUUGGGCAGGUGUGUAGUGAUGGUUGGAAUGCCGUAUCCCAACAUCAAAUCACCAGAGCUGCAAGAAAAGAUGUCAUACCUGGACACACACCUGCCUCACAGUCAGGGAAGGAGCCCUGGACAAGCACUGAUAGAGAAUCUCUGCAUGAAGGCUGUUAACCAGUCCAUAGGAAGAGCUAUCCGUCACCGUGGCGACUAUUCCUCCAUCGUGCUGUGUGACAGACGGUACUCUCGGCCGGCUACGCUCUCUAAACUUCCCGCUUGGAUCAGGAAUCGCACUAACACAUGUGCAACUUUUGGUCCUGCUUUUGCUGCCUUACGGAAGUUCUUCCUGGAAAAGAAGCAGAAGAAUGCCUAGCUUUUCUCCCAAAGAGCUUAUCUUUAAAUGCUUGAUUCUACUAAGACAUUAGUAAGACAAGUAUUUUGAGAAAGCUGAAAUGCGGCAGAAAAGCAAUUUAAUAUGUACUGAUUGAAGUAAAUGUUUUCACAGCCCUUUUAUAUUCCUGAAAUUUGUACUCUAGUGAGCGCUGUUAGCUCAAACCAAUGAGAGAGACAGUUUUCUGUUUUUAUAUGCUCUUUAUUUUCCAUUUUCAGGUUUCAUUUGUUUAGCAUUUUCUGUUUAAAACUCAUUAAAGGUUAAAGAUCUCAAGUAUUUCAUGGCACAUUGUGAACAAAGAGUAUGGGGACAUUUCUCAGAGAUAAUCAGGUAUUUUGUUUUUAGUCUGGAUGUUAGAAAAAAAUGUUUUCAUCCACUUCAAAAGCCAGUAUGUUGAUUUGCAUUUCUGAGAGUUACUGUUCAGACGUCAGGCACAGCACUGGUAGGCAAACGUGACUCGUUCAAUCAGAGGUUUUAAAUAUUUAAAGAACUGAAAAAGUGUUAUGUAACGCAAAGCCUGCCUGCUAAUCAGUUCCAUCUUCUUAAUGACUGUUUUGUACAUAUUUUGGAUUUAUUAAUAAAUCUGUUUUAU